AUGGCACGAAGUAGCAGGGGCAGCGGCAGCUCUAACUACUCUAGGCAAUUUCCCACGGAUGGUAAAAGUGGCUUGUUUUUUUUAGACACAACGACUGCGUUUGCAUUUCUGCGGUAUACUCCCCCUAAGGCAUACUCUUGCAAAACUAUCAAAAAAUCAAUCAUGAGUGCUGGCACACUCGAUCUUCGGUGUCAGACCAGGAGGAAUCCUCAGCUGGCUUCGCCAGCGUCCGCCGAGGAGCAAGAGAAGGCGAUUUUAGCGCGUCUUGCGCAGCGCCUCGCAAUCUGCGAACAAGCUAUUGGAGGCGAGGACGAUUCAAGCAAUGUGUACGAGCGCGUGAGGGCCCUUGAAACAAAGGUGGACGCGAUUCGACAUAGAACACCAGGCAUGCAGGCGCUCGAUUAUGUCAUUUCUCGUUGUCCGUCUUCCUAGUAGAAUUGUGUAUAAUUAUAUAUACGUGCCUUCGAAAGUGCCAGUGCGGAUGCUGGAAGAUCAUGAAAUUGCACCAAGUCUUCUCUUUAAAAACAAACACAAAUUAUAUAUUUAUAAUAGGACUCAAAGCACAUGAAGAGAGUUAACCAGUUUUUGAACUUUCCUCGUCAUACUUUCUUCGUCCAACUUCAGUAUUCUAACCCUGGGAACAAUGGAGAGCAAUAGAGCCGCUCGCUCACGAGGAAGACCGACACAUCAGCAAUAUUAUCUUACAUCGAGCCGACAAGCGAGAAUAUGUCUUGCAGGUACUGACAAGCAGUCGUGAUUCGUGACCUCGUUUUAUUGCAUGUCAAGCUACAAUGAUUCGUGAUUUGUCAAGCUACAAUGAUCAGAUAAUGGUUAUGAUCUAGCUUUGUUGCAUGCCUCUACUGUAGCGAGGCGCUUACAGUGUCAAUAUUUGUUUUUUGCUGACAAAGCAAUUUGUUAUGCCAAAAAUGUUAAACGAUUGAACCACGAACAGCAUGCCUCUGAACUCCGAAAGUAUGCUGCUGUCCUUCGUGCAAUACACGACGGUAGCAAGUUUGAGCAUUCAUGGCAGGAUCUCGGGGGCCGAGUUCUGGCAUUAUGUGCAGAAACAGACCGACUUGCGGAACAGGUUUCGGCUAUGGGUCAAGUAGUCGAGACUCUAGUCCAAAAUUAUGAAGAAGUAGUUUUGUCACAUUUAUAAAAUGAUUAUGUGCUGCGUCUUUGUCCAUGGUUUUUUUGAUUUAACAUGCAAGGUGGACGAAGGUAUCUCUUUGACCGAGAAGCUCUACUAGGAGGAACUAGUACAACAAUGUUCCAACAGAUAUUCCAAGAAAUUUCAACAUCAGUGAUGAAUCAUUCAAGGGUUUGCAGCAGGGAUGCAAGUGCCUGUUGCACGUGGGUCAGAGUGACUGAACAGCCACUACCAGCCCUUAAAGUAGAGGGAAGAGAACAAUACGUCUAAUGAAAAUACGCAACUGUUGUAAACUCCAUCAGCCGACGAUUACUACUCGUCUCUACGACAGGGGAUGGCAAGAGCUGAAGAAGGUCCGGUUCAAUGGCAGCUGGACGUAUGAGAAAACCCGCGCCACUACAUGAUUCUCGGUGGACAAGGUUUGUAAAUUGUCGAAGAAGACCUGGAAGUAGAUUCUAAGCUUCUACGUAAUACCGCGUUCUAGGCGACAAUGCACAGUCGCAAAAAAAGGGAGUCGCAUCUCUGGAAUAAGGCCUCGAACUCUUACUCUUGCGGCGAAGAUGAGGAGUAGUGCAUCGAUCUUUGUGGCGGGAUAAUAAGUAGACGCAAUUGAGCAUACCAAACGGGUCCUUUGGAGCAGCCAGGACCAGCGCGAGGUGAACAUGCGGACUAAAGCACGCCACCAUCUUAGUACACGAUCAGCCUUUACUAUUACUAGUAUCGUCGACCUCUGCUGAUAGUAAUCGUCGAUCUAUACUUGUUUACUAUUUCUUGACUUACCAGUUGCAGUCCCAGUGGUAUAUAAGGCCAGUCCUCCAAUGUUGACCGGGGCUUUGACGACGGAGGUCCUUCCAACUGAUCAGGAGGAAGCAGACGGUAGAAUCAUUCAUAGCAUCUCUUUCUCUGAUGGUGACAAGGAACUUCACGCUGCAUGGUAUUCCGAAGGUGGCCAGAGAUUUGUUCAAUGUAUGUGCCGGCACUGAAUGCUGUUUGCCAGCCCGAUGAAUUAUAGAUACAGAACUUCGGUGAAUCUGAGUCAUGCCAAUCCAAGAUGUUGAAGCACAAUCGCCUUGAAUUCAAUGUGGUAACUGUCUUCAGUGAGUGGGAAUAUUGAGAUUGAAUCAAAGGGAAUUCUAAAAAAAAAGUACGUCUUCAUAGUGACUGUUGUGCGAUUUGAAAUCUUUC